ACACUACGCUAAACGAGACCUCUGGUUAUUAAAAGAACAUUUUACUACUGAGAAUAAUUCAGUUCGCGUGACUAGACGGAAUCACUGUUUUGCCAGCCAUUCGACAGUGGAAUUCUAAUUCAAGUUAUUAAGUAGAUUUUCGUUCUAUGUAGGAAUCUCCUGUUCAUGGCCACAGUUAUACGUCUAAGUGACUGAUUCUGGCGACAAGAGAAGCUUUAACGUUUCAGUUGUAUAAACUCCUUGGUGACUGACUGACCCUGGCUCGUUUUCAAGUGAGUUAAAAACAAACUGCAGGACCAUAGAACUUCUCCCCAAGAAUAAAAACAGCUGCACGACUACGAAACUUCUUUGAAAGGUAAGAACUCUGCCAACAUUUCUACAACUAAAAACAAUUCAAGGGAAGUUUUUAAUCUGUUGCUAGUGUGGACUAAAGGUAGUAGGCAUUACGUACACCUGUGUUGGAGAGACACGAGAGAUGUCUUCCUGCCGAGGACGUAUUUUUUGUCUUUCCUCGUGUUUCCACGUACCCAUUGUAUGAAGAUUUCUAAGUUCUAAAAUUUGAUUUAACUUAGAGGGUGUCAGCAAAUUGAUCCAAUUCCUAACCGGCCGCAUGCAUUUCCAAUCAAGGUCGUCCGAUCAAGGUCGGUAGUUUGGGGUGGCGUGACAAUUUGUAAAAUUAAACCUUCGAUUCCGCUUGAGUGCUUCUGAUCUCGUGAUCGUUGCAGACUUUGAUCUGUUCAGACAACACCCUGUCUGCUGAAGGAACGGUUUUCUAUUUUAUCGGUGGAUAAAAUGAACUGAUUCUAGAAGGGACUUCAGGAAUCUCCUGUUCAUGGCCACAGUUGUACGUGGAAGAGACUGAUUGUGGCCACAAGAGAAGCUUUAACUUUUCAGUUGUACAAACUCCUUGGUGACUGACUGAUACUGGCUCGUUUUCAAGUGAGUUAAAAAGAAACGGCACGACCAUAGACCUUCUCUGCAAGAAUAAAAACAGCUGCACGACUACAGAACUUCUCUGCAAGUGAAUCUCCUGUUCAUCGCCACAGUUAUACGUCGAAGUGACUGAUUCUGGCGACAAAAGAAGCGUUCACAUUUCAGGUUUACUUCAAAAUACGAUGUAGUUAGAGCACGCCAGUCAUUCUCUAAAAGUUUCCUGCGAUGUCCAAGCCACAAGAGGAAUCCCCCUUUCAUUGUGUGGCGUCCACAUCUCGGAAAGUCUUGGAAGAUGAAAAACUAAGCUUGCCCUCUGACAAGACAUUGACAGUUACUCUGUUAAGUUGUGAAUGGAAGUCAUCAAAGGGUGGCUUGUCGACCAUCAGCAGAGAACUUGCAAUACAAUUGGCAGAGCACCCUGAUGUGGAGGUUUAUGUCUAUCUUCCCAAAUGUAGUGAAGAAGAUAAGGGAGUUGCUGGUAGACACAGUGUUCAGCUCAUUGAAGCAGAAGAACUUCCAGGUUUAGAGCCAAUUGAUUGGUUGGCUUCUUUACCUAAAGGUCAUCUUCCUCACUGUUUAAUUGGACACGGACUUCACCUUGGUCGACAAAUACCACUCAUAAAGCGGUACCAUGAUUGCAAAUGGAUUCAAGUUGUCCACACGGCUCCUGAAGAACUUGGGAUGUACAAGAAUUAUGAAGAAGCAAUUUUCAAAGGGGAACAAAAACAUCAAGCAGAAGUAAAACUCUGCGAGCGGGCCGAUCAAGUUGUCGCUGUUGGACCCAAGCUGGCAGAUGCCUACUCCCGUUACCUCCGUUUCAGUAAGAAAGAUCAAGAUGUUAUCAAUCUCACCCCAAGCAUUUUCACGGAGUUUCUCAGCGUUCAACAAGCUACUGAAGAAAGAAGGACGUUUUUUGUUCUGGUAUUUGGACGCGGUGAUGGUGAAGAUUUCCAGUUAAAGGGAUAUGACAUUGCUGUUCAAGCAGUUGCCGAACUGAAAGACUCAUCCUACCAGCUCAUGUUUGUUGGAGCACCAGCAGGAAAAGAGGAUGAAGUGGCACAAAAGUUACUCCAGCAUGGUAUCCCCCCAAGUCAGCUAACCGUUCGCCGCUUUAAGGAUCGUAGGGAAGAGCUAGCCAGGUUGUUCUGUGAGGUCGAUCUGGCAAUCAUGCCAUCGAGGACUGAGGGCUUUGGCUUGACCGCUCUCGAAGCUCUAUCUGCUGGUCUUCCUGUACUUGUGAGUGGCAACUCAGGACUUGGAGAUGCUCUGAAGAAAGUUCCUUUCGGUUUCUUUUAUGUAGUCGAUUCAGAAGAUCCAAAAGAAUGGGCCAAGGCUAUCAACAUUGUCCGUCAAAAAGGCAGAGAAGUUCGACUUGAAGAGGCUAAACUUCUUCGAGAAAAGUAUGCGUUAAAGUACAGCUGGAAGAGGCAGUGUGAUUAUCUUGCGGAAAAGAUACUGCACCUUUCGUUUGGAAACAUCCAAGACAAACUUGAAAGAGUGCAAAAUCAAGUAGAAAAUGCAAGCAAAAAGAUGGACAAUUUGGGGAAGCUAAAAGAACCAAGCCCAGAAGCAGAAAACCUCAAAGAGACACUCGAGCAAAUGGGACAUCAAGUGAAAAAAGUCGGUGAAAAGUUAGACUCCUUGAGGCAAUCAAGCCAAGAUGAAGACAAAUCUAGAAACGACCUUCAACAGAUGAAAAGUGAGAUAGCGUACAUGAGCGAGAAGUUAGACACUUUGAUGGCACAAAGAGAGACCGACGAUGAAGACAAAACGAGAGAUGAUUUCAAGGAGAUGAAAAGGGAAAUACAAACCAUCAGUGAAAAGUUGAAAAGUCAAAUGACAUCAGGAGAAGAAGGUAUAGAUUUAAUAUGUUUAUGGCAAUUUUAUUGGACCCUACGAAGUAGGCUAUCUAUAAGCAGAAGUCAAAUAAGGCGAUAAUAUACCGAGCUGCAUGGAGCUGUUUUGUUGUUCCAGGUUAUAUCAUUUGCUGGGGGUGAUUGAUGCCUUAGAUCUAACGCGUGGGAUGAAAUUAUCAAUUAUUAAUUAUCAAAUCAACGUCCGUCUUAAUUUUUUCCAAACUCUGAUUUAUUCCUGCACUUUUAAAAAGCUGGGAAUAAGGAAAAAGAAAGUGACUACUUAAUCGUAGUCCGUUGUUUCCUUUGUCAUUUGUAUUUGCGUCAUAUCGUCAUUUCAUGGCGUGGUAUUUGUUAAAGUUUAAAUAAAACAGUAGUUGCCCGCAAAUUAUAUUUUAGG